CCACCACUCGGGCGAGGUGCCCGUGGGCGCCUUCUGCCGCGUGGCCGGCGCGGCGGCCGCCCCCUGCGCCCUGGGCGCCCUGGAGCAGCAGAACUUCCUCUUCCAGCUGCAGGCGCCCGAGCGCGGCCCCGAGGACGCCCGCGAGGGCCUCGAGGUGCCCUUGGUGGCCGUGCUCCAGUGGUCGACGCCCAAGCUGCCCUUCACCAGCAGCAUCUUCACCCACUACCGGCUGCCCAGCAUCCGGCUGGAGCGCCCGCGCCUCGUGCUGACGGCGGCGUGUGAGUCGCCCGUGCGCGCCCGCCAGCCCUUCACCGUCACCUACACGCUGCGCAACGAGCUGCAGGACUUCCUGGCCGUGCGGCUCGUGUGGACGCCGCAGGCCGCCGGGAAGAAGGUGUCGGGGCCGGAGCGGCGGGCGGCGCAGGCCGCGCUCGACGCCAUCGUGUGCCACUCGCCGCUCACCAACGUGGGCUCCUCGCGCAAGGGCAGCGCCCGCAGCAUCCGCGUCGCCUUCGAGGCGCUGCGCGGCGGCCUCUUCGAGCUCUCGCAGCACAUGAAGCUGAAGCUGCAGUUCACGCGCCUGGAGGGGACGGUGACGGUGACGCGGGGACACUGGGGCGGGGGUGUCACCCCGCGGGGACACCGGGGCAGUGACGCGGGGACACCGGGGCGGGGGUGUCACCCCGUGGGGACACCGGGGCAGUGA